CGCGCGCCUGUCUGCACAUGCGCGCUAGCUUCUGCUCGUGAGGGAGAGGAAAGGCGGCGCGCGCCGAGUUGUGUCCGAGUGGAAAUGGGAAUAAUAAACUUUUUUCUCUCCUUCCCUUUCCUCUGAGGGGUUUUGUUUGUAUACUACACAACAACAUGGCCUCGGCUUCCAAAUCCUUUCUUGCCGACGCCGGCUAUGGCGAACAAGAACUGGAUGCAAACUCCGCCCUCAUGGAGCUGGAUAAAGGUCUUCGAUCUGGCAAACUUGGGGAGCAGUGUGAAGCUGUUGUCCGUUUUCCCAGACUCUUUCAGAAGUAUCCAUUCCCGAUUCUAAUUAACUCAGCAUUUUUAAAACUUGCUGAUGUUUUCAGAGUUGGAAACAACUUCCUGAGACUCUGUGUUUUGAAAGUUACUCAGCAGAGUGAGAAACACUUGGAGAAGAUCUUGAAUGUGGAUGAGUUUGUGAAAAGAGUUUUCUCAGUUAUUCACAGUAACGAUCCAGUUGCACGCGCCAUCACACUCAGGAUGUUGGGUAGCAUGGCAUCUAUAAUUCCAGAAAGGAAAAAUGCACAUCACAGUAUUCGCCAGAGUCUGGAUUCUCAUGAUAAUGUAGAGGUUGAAGCUGCUAUUUUUGCUGCAGCUAAUUUUUCUGCUCAGUCCAAAGAUUUUGCCGGAGGAAUAUGUAACAAAAUCAGUGAAAUGAUUCAAGGUUUAGCUACUCCAGUAGACCUGAAGCUGAAGUUGAUCCCCAUCCUGCAGCAUAUGCAUCACGAUGCCAGCCUGGCCUCUGGAGCUCGCCAACUGCUUCAACAGCUGGUGACAUCCUACCCUUCCACCAAGAUGGUCAUUGUUACUUUGCACACCUUUACCUUGCUCGCUGCUUCCUCUCUGGUGGAUAUCCCUAAGCAGAUACAGCUCUUGCUGCAGUACUUGAGGAGUGACCCAAGAGAAGCAGUAAAGAGGCUUGCUAUUCAAGAUCUAAAGCUGUUAGCUAAUAAAACUCCACAUACAUGGAACAGAGAGAAUAUUCAGGAACUUUGUGAAUGUGCUCUUCAAACCCCUUAUGACAGUUUGAAAUUAGGCAUGCUGUCUGUUCUUUCCACACUGUCAGGGACAAUAGCCAUCAAGCAGUAUUUCAACGCUGGUCCAGGAGUGACAGCUGCUUCAUCAAGAUCAUCUGAUUUAAUCAAACUAGCUCAGCAGUGCUGUUACCACAAUAACCAGGGCAUUGCUGUUCAUGGAGUACGAGUUCUGACAAAUAUAGUUGCUUCCUGUCAGGAAAAAGAUCUCCUGCCAUUGGAGCAAGAUGCAGUCUUUGGCCUUGAAUCUCUUCUUGUUCUUUGUAGUCAAGACAGCAGCCCAGGCACUCAAGCAACCUUAAAGAGAGCACUCACUUGCAUGGUGAAGCUGGCCAAGUGUCGCCCCCAUCUCAGCCAGUCCAUUGUCGAGUCCUUGUUGACACAGCUGCACAGCACUCAGGACGCAGCCCGGAUCCUCAUUUGCCAUUGCUUGGCAGCCAUUGCUAUGCAGUUGCCAGUUUUAGGGGAUGGUAUGCUGGGAGACUUGAUGGAUCUCUAUAAAGUGAUUGGACGGUCAGCUUCUGACAAACAGCAAGAGCUUUUGGUCUCUCUUGCUACAGUAAUAUUUGUUGCCAGUCAAAAGAGCUUAUCCUCUGAUGUGAAAACUGUUAUCAAACAACAGCUUGAAAAUGUCUCCAAUGGAUGGACAGCUUACAGGAUAGCCAGGCAAGCUUCCAGAAUGGGUAACCACGGCAUGGCUAGAGAGCUCUAUCAAAGCUUGCUGACUCAGGUUGCUUCGGAACACUUCUACUUUUGGCUGAACAGUUUGAAGGAGUUCUCCAAUGCAGAGCAAUGCUUAACUGGGCUGCAAGAGGAUGAUUACAGUUCAGCACUCUCUUGCAUUGCUGAAUCGCUAAAAUCUUAUCACAAAGGAAUAGCAUCCUUAACGGCUGCCAGCACCCCACUUAACCCUUUGAGCUUCCAGUGUGGAUUUGUCAAACUCCGGAUUGACCUUCUCCAGGCCUUCUCUCAGCUCAUCUGCACCUGCAACAGUCUGAAGACUAGUCCACCACCUGCCAUUGCCACAACAAUUGCCAUGGCCUCAGGUAGCGACCUCCAACGGUGUGGACGGAUCUCCAACCAGAUGAAACUCUCCAUGGAAGAAUUCCGCAAUUUAGCUGCCAGAUACGGAGAUCUCUAUCAAUCAUCCUUUGAUGCAGACUCAGCAACUCUGAGGAACGUGGAGCUACAACAGCAGAGUUGCUUGUUGAUAUCACAUGCAAUUGAAGCCCUGAUCUUAGAUCCUGACUCUGCAAGCUUUCAGGAAUAUGGUUCUGCAGGAAUGGCACAUGCUACAAGCGAAUAUGAAAGAAGAAUGAUGUCUGUAUUCAGUCACGUGUUGGAGGAAGUGGAAUCACUGAACAGAAAAUAUACCCCUGUGUCGUACAUGCACACGGCUUGUCUAUGCAGCGCAGUCAUUGCCUUGCUGAAAGUUCCCUUGUCGUUUCAGAGGUAUUUUUUCCAGAAGCUGCAGUCAACUAGCAUUAAGCUUGCUUUGUCCCCAUCUCCACGUAACCCUGCUGAACCUAUUGUUGUUCAGAAUAACCAACAACUGGCCUUAAAAGUAGAAGGAGUGGUUCAGCACGGCUCCAAACCAGGGCUUUUCCGCAAAAUUCAAUCUAUCUGCCUAAAUGUGUCUUCGACACUGCAGACCAAAUCUGGGCAAGACUACAAGAUGCCCCUUGAUGGCUUGACAAAUGAGAUGGAGCAGAUGGUUGAGCCCCACAAUGAUUACUUCAGCACACAGUUCCUCUUGAACUUCAUCCUUGUUGGCACUCAUUGUAUCACAGUGGAGUCUUCUGUUAGAGAUCUCAAUGGCAUUAUAUGGAAGACGGGGCCCAAAACCACUCUGUUGAUUAAGUCACUUGAAGAUCCGUACUCACAGCAAAUCCGACUUCAGCAGCAGCAAGGACAGCAGUCAUCACAGCCACCACAGCUGCCCCAGUCUCAGCCGCGAACGGCAUAUUCCCGCUUUUAGCAAGUCAGAGGCAUUCCAUUUAUCUUGAUGCUGUCAUUGACGCCUCAAGAUGUCUGCCUUUCUUUUUUUGAGGGCAACACAUUUUGUUACAUUCAAACACUCACACUCCUUGUUUUUCUUAGGCCCAGUUCUCACCUGUAAAAUAGAGAGCGAUUCUGCAUAGAACCAGAACUAUCUCCAUGUGGCAAACUAGUUGGAGGGAUGGUUUGCCACAGAGUUCCAGCGGAGUUCCACUAUGUCACUUAACUUGCGGUUUAGACUGUUGUGGGGGAAAUUGCAAAAACUGAAUAAAAGCUUAGUUGUAUUUUUAAACAAGAUUCUUGUGACCGUUCUCAUGUGGAGAGACAUGGAUUGGAGAGGACUGAAUCUACCUGGAAAUUGGAUUGCUGUGAGUUUUCCGGGCUGUAUGGCCAUAUCCUAGAAGCAUUCUCUUCUAAGGUUUUGUCCAUAUCUAUGGCAGGCAUCCUCAGAAGUUACCUGCAACAGAUGUGGGUGAAACGUCAAGAGAGAAUGCUUCUAGGACAUGGCCAUACAGCCUGGAAAACUCACAGCAGCUUGGUGAUUCCGGCCUUUGACAACACUACCUGGAAAUGUUGGCCUCACCACAUAAAUAUCUGAUCCUAUCACGGUGAAAUGUGUGUUUGAAAUGAUGUGAUGAAAUCUUGUCACAUUGUGUAAUCCAACCAAUCACCUGGGCUUGGUAUAGCGUUUUCCAUCUACCUCACAAAAAUCUCCUAUGAAAUGGGGCUGUAAUGAACUUUCCCCAUCCGUAUAUCACUAGUGAGAGCUCCCCCUUGGAAAAUAGUGAGUCACCAGGGAUGUCUGAGAGAACUGUCUGGUUUACAUGCUGCAUACUGCCUUUUUGAGCCAUUAAGUGAGCACUUCUGGAGCAGCAUGAAUUCUGAUGCUACAUUGGAGCCCUCAGUUCAGGUGAAGAUUUAUGUGUAUGCCAAACUCAGGCUGUUCUCAGUGUUACACAAUGCCUCUGCAAAUGUAGAAGGUUUGGUACAAAUACCCAGACAUCCUCUCUGCAUAACUGUAAAUAAUCCCAUUAAAUGUUGCCGAGCUAAAAAAAGGAUAGCAUAUCCUUCCAGUGAUUGAGAAUAGUGUCCUUGUAUGCUUCUAAAUCUUAUGGCUACACCCUUCACUUGCUUUAUAUAACAAAAAUAUUUAGGGGUAUCCGUGUUUAUAUAACAAUGCUAUGGAAAUGCCAGCUGAAAAACAAGAUGAUCUAGUUUUACAGGAAAGGACAUUUUAGGCCAUGGGAGGGGUUUCCCAUCUCUAAAGGAAAUAAAAGCCCAAAUUGGUUUCAUCUCUGAAGGGUGGGAAAGCUUUGUGUUAGACAAAUAAAAAAGUUGGUAUAUAAAAUUUGGAUAAUAAAGGGCACGUACACCCAUACUGUUAGCCGGUGCUUUUGAGAGAAGGAAUUCUUUGGAGCUAUAGAACACCAGAACCAAUUUGCACCUUUCAGCAGAUAUGGACUCUAACUCCAACCAUCCUCUAACCAGUUGGGAAGACAUUUCUAAAGUAAAACAAUGAUUACAUAGACUUGCACACUUUGCCUACACACUAUAAUCUAAAGGGGAUGUACUUUAUGGUGGAUUUCUCAGUAAUCUCAUACAGGGGCCCCUAUAAGGCCUUGAAAAGGGGUGGAUGGGUAAUCUGUCUCUGCUACUUUAAGAAUUGACUGAUAGAUGUAAAGGUGUGGUUCCCAACCUGUGGUCUGUAGACUACCAGUGGUCUGCAAGAACUAUAAUAUGGUCCACAGCCUCAACAUUACUACACCGUUGCAAUGAGAGAACUGGUCUCAUGAAACUCUCUUAUAGUGCUGAGUGUUAACAAAAUCCAAGGAAGGAUAACAACAAAGUCCAAUCAAUUUUUUUCUUGUCUUCAUUUUUAGGCCUCUUCCUGGGAUUAUUUGCAGUGCUGAUUCAGAAAAUUACAUUGGAUAGACCACGUCAGCUUUAGAUUAUUAAAUAUGGUUUUCUGUGGGCAAGCAGAUGAUGACUACUGGAUGGCAUAUGUUCUGUAUCAGAAACUAGAGUUGAUGUGGUCUUCCCAAUGCAGUUUUCUGAAUCAGCACCCCAAGUAACCAAACCAAAUCUAAAAUUGAUCAAAAACUGAUUCGUAAUCCUUUUUAUACUAAUGUUGGACAGUGGUCCCUGGUCAAAAAAAGGUUGGGAACCACUGGUGUAAAGAGAACAUCGGUCGGCCUUCAUUACUGAAGAGGACAUAUACAAUACUUUAAUUCAGUCUCUCAAACUCUGCUCCUCCAGGUGUUUUGGACUUUCAUUCCCAGAAACCCCAAACAGCUUACCCAGCUUACCAGCUGUUAGGAAUUGUGGGAGCUGAAGUCCAAAACAUCUGAAGAAGCAGACUCUAAGAAACACUGCUUUAAUGAUUUACUAGUGAUGUGUUGCACCUACGCAGGAAGAAAUUGACAUUUGCUUUCUGUUACUGAAUGACCAGUGGCCCUUGUUUUCAAUUGCCAACAAAUUACUUAGUUAUUAAGGAAGAUGAAGAGUGGGGCGGGAGUUUCCAUUCAAAAUGCUUUGGAGGGGACCUGGUGGCUAGCACAUCUGGAAAGAGCAACGUAUUCUAGCUGGAGUUUAUUUUUUUACAUUUAGAAAGCCUACUUGGAUUGUUUUCAUUACUUUAAUUGUUCAGCAGAUUUAAUCUUUGUUACGUAUAGAAUAUUCUAAUAAACCAUUUGUUUACCAUUUGAAA